AUGACUACCUCUCUGACUGUGAGUCCCAGCAGAUCUCAGAUGUUUGAAGGAGAUUUUGUCUCUCUGAGCUGUGAGGAGGACGACAGCUCUGCUGUAUGGAAGCUGAGGAGGAACACAACCAGAGAAACCAGGAAGGAGUGUGGAGACAGCUGGGGAAGAUCAGCUGGUUCCUCCUGUAGAAUCAGCUACAUGUUCCCCUCAGACAGUGGAGUUUACUGGUGUGAGUCCAGAGAGGGAGCAACCAGUAACAGCAUCAACAUCACUGUCACUGGUGGACCAGUGAUCCUGCAGAGUCCUGUCCUCCCUGUGAUGGAGGGAGAUGAUGUCACUCUGCACUGUAAAACAAAGACCUCCAACCUCACAGCUGGUUUCUAUAAAGAUGGCUCCCUCAUCAGGACUGAGCCUGCAGGUCACAUGACCAUCCACCAUGUUUCCAAGUCUGAUGAAGGCCUCUACAAGUGUCACAGCAGCAGUCAUGGAGAGUCUCCAUCCAGCUGGAUCUCUGUCACAGAUUUUUUCACUUUUCAUUAA